CUGUUUGUGAAUGACGUAAUGAGCGUAAAACAAGAUGGCGACGACUUAACCAUAUAUCGGUGUGAACUAGUUUAUCGACGCCGUUAUCUGCCUCUCUUGGGGCUAUUGUGUUGUCUUACGGUUGUGUUGAGCAGUCGAUCUUCUCAGUAAGAUUACGGGGUUGUGGGCGUUGCUGAACGCCACAGAAUAGCCCGCAGGUGUUGUUUCUUUCCCCCCUGAGACCCUCCGGUGACAGCCGGGGAGGCGAGCUGCGAACACACAGGAUGGACACCGGAGAGUACAUCUCCACCAUGGAGAACAUGGACCCGACUUUAGCGGAAUUAGGGGACGAAUUCACCUUGGGAGACAUCGAUGAGAUGCUGCAGUUUGUCAGCAACCAGGUGGGGGACUUCCCAGACUUGUUUGAGGAUCAGAUGAGCUCAGCAGGCUCUGUGCAGAGUGGCGGCGUCAGCAUCGCUCCGCGCCCUGCCAUCCAGACUCCUCCGACUCCUCAAACCCCCAAGACACCGGCCCCUGCUGUCUACCAGAGCUCCACCGUCAGCCUCGCCGCCCCGCAGACGCUGUCUCCCCUGUCUAUGCCCCUCACCCCUCCCCUCACUCCCGUACAGACUCCCUCCCCCACCACCGUCACCACAGUGCAGCAACAGGUGACCCGCAGCCCUCCCCUCCUCCAGCCCCGGCCUCAGGUGGUCCAACCCAUCCAGCCUCAGCCCCAUCAGACAGCCCAGCCCACCAUCCAGAUGCACACCCAGGGGAUCGCCAUGCAGACCCAAAGCUUCCCAGUCCACACCCUGGUUCAGACCCACAGCCAGACGGGCAUGCCCAUCCAGACCCAAGCGGCCCAGACCGUGAUGAUUGCCUCCAACGGUGGACAGUCCCGUUUCAUUCAGAGCCCCGUCAUCUGCCACCAGAGCCCAGGUUCUAGUUUCCAAGUCCUCCAACCACAGAUGCAGAGCAUUAUGACGUCACAGCUCCAGCCAAUGACCAUUCAACACCAGCGUCUUCUGACCCCGACCUGUCAGACCAUCCAGACCCUCUCUGCAGCGCCCACCACAGUCCACACUAUGCAGCAGCAGAUGCAGCAAGUCCCUCUUCUUGUCCAGCAGCCUCAGAUUCUGAAGACCGACUCGCUGGUUCUCACAACAUUGAAACCCGACGGCACGCAGGUGCUGUCUACCAUGCAGAGCCCCACAGGGAUCACCACCUUGACUACGCCCAUCCAGAACACAUCUCUGCAAGUCCCGACACUGAUGAGCGGCAACAUCCUGACCACCGUCCCCAUGAUGAUGGGAGGAGGAGACAAACUGCCGAUCAAGCAGCUACAGCCAGGCUCCUCUCACUGCACCAACAUGGGCAGAUCAAGCAUGGAUCAAUGCCAGAUGAUGGGAGGGGUAAUAGGCCCGGGAGGAGUGGUGAAGGAGGGCGAGAGGAGGACGACACACAACAUCAUCGAGAAGAGGUAUCGCUCCUCCAUCAACGACAAGAUCGUUGAGCUCAGAGACCUAGUCAUGGGCAAUGAUGCGAAGGUUAGUCCACCGAUGCAUAAGUCAGGAGUGCUGAGGAAGGCCAUUGACUACAUCAGAUACCUGCAGCAAACCAACCACAAACUACGGCAGGAGAACUUGGCCCUAAAGAUGGGCAACCACAAGAACAAGCCAGUGAUUCUGUCUGAAGACGUAGAGCUCAAAGAGGAAAUAGUGAUGAUGUCUCCUCCAGCCUCGGACUCUGGUUCUGGUUCUGGCUCCCCUCCUCAGUUCUCUCCUUACUGUGUGGACUCAGAGCCAGGCAGCCCCUUGCUGGAUCACGAGCAGAUGAAGAUUGAGCCGGAUUCUCCCUCCUCGGUUGGAGUCAUGGAUCGCUCUCGACUGCUUCUCUGUGCCCUGACCUUCUUCUGCCUGUCCCUGAACCCGUUGCCAUCUUUGUUGGGCUCUGAGGCUUUAGGGAGCCCCAGCUUAUCUGCGGGCCACGGGCCGUCUAGAACGCUUGUCUGGUUCCCAACUCACACACAGGACUUUGCAUCCUGGCUGCGUUGCCUGUUGCCAUGGGUGAUGGUGUGGGUGUUGAGUGGGGUGGGAGCGGUGUGGGGUUGCGUCAGGGUGCUCUACCUGUGGGAGCCUGUCACACCCCUUCACUCGCCGAAAUCUGUGUCAUUCUGGAGGCAUCGUAAACAAGCCGACCUGCAACUCAACAGGGGAGAUUACACAGCGGCAAUGUCCAGUUUAGAGACCUGCCUGUCCGUCUUGACUCGAGCGCUUCCAUCAACCACUCUGGACCUGGUCUUCUCGCUGUCCUGGAAUCUGAUUCGCUACGUCUUGCAUCGUCCGACUCCUCUGGGUUGGCUGGUUCAUCAGGUUGGGGGGAAGCACGAGGGGGAGGAGGCUAGGACUAGCGCGAAGGAUGCAGCGCUGGUUUACCACCGGCUGAGCCAGCUGCAGCUCACAGGAAAGCUGCCUCAGCGAAGCAGCCUUUGGGCUUUGUCAGUGUCUGUGAGCGCUGUCAACCUCAGCCAGAGCGCCCAAGGCAAGAUGGCCCCCGCCCAGCUCACCCAGAUCUACGUCACCGCAGCAACAGCCCUGCGCACCGUGCUGGGCCACCACCUCUCCUGUCUGCCAGGUUACCUGUUGAGUUGCGCAGAGAGCGUGGCCAGCCAAUCAGAGACCAAGCCAAUCCCUGACUGCCUGCGCUGGCUCUUCACGCCUUUGGGCAGGCAGUUCUUCCUGAGUUGUGAUUGGUCGGUGAAGUCGGAGAGCAGCGACGGGGUGUACACUUCUCAGAGAGACCCAACUGACCCCAUUGCCCAGCUGCACCGCUGUUUCUGCAGGAAGCUUUUGGAGAGAGCCGUUCACACUCUCAUCCAGCCGCAGAACGACUCUGAAGCAGGCAAACGCAGCAGCGGCUCCGGGGAGUUCUCCAGUGCCCUAGAGUUCCUCCAGUUGUUGAACAGCUGUACAGAGGACUCUCCGUCUCCUCCUCCUCCCUUCUCGACUCCUCCCAAUCACACCACCACUCCAGUGGGAGACCCAGUGAGUCGUUGGUGGGCUUUGGUCCUGAAGGCUGCUGUGCAUUGGCUGCAGGGCGAUGAUGUCGCUGUGAGGUCACUGUUGGCAGAAGCAGAGCGGAUGCCGAGGGCUCUGCACACCCUUGACCACCCUCUUCCCAAGGCUGUGCUGCUGCUUUGCAAGGCAGUUCAGAUGAGUCUGGCCCCUCUGAAGGGGGAGGGGGCCAUAUCCUACCUGUCCCACUGCGACAGAGCCAGUGGCUACCUGCGCUCCAGCAUCUCGGUGCCCCUCGCCCAGACUGGGAACUGGCUGAACAAGGGGGUUGAGCUCCUGAUCUGUGACCUUUUGCUGACCUUGAGGACCAGUUUGUGGCAGCGGGGAGGCAGCAGUAAUGGAGAACCUGGCCCGGCCCCUGGAUCCCAGUUGGCUGGUUUCCAGAGGGACCUGAGCGCGCUCAGAAAGCUCACACAGUGCUACAGACAGGCGCAACACAAGGUGUUUCUCCAUGAGACCACAGUGAGGCUGAUGGCUGGAGCCAGUCCAACAAGGACACACCAGCUGCUGGAGCACAACCUCCGACGUAGGACACACAACUCCUACACAACCGAAGGUGAGUGCGGCGUCCUGGGUGAGAGGGAGAGGGCUCAUGCCAUCCUGCUGGCCUGCCGCCACCUGCCCAUGCCCCUGCUAACCCCGCCAGGGCACCGCGCCCGCCUGCUGGCCGAGGCCAAGCGCACCCUGGAGCGGGUGGGAGACCGUCGGUCCCUGCAGGACUGUCAGCAGAUCCUGCUGCGCCUCAGCGGGGGAACGACCAUCGCUGCCUCCUGAAAAAACAAACACACACACACACACACACACACACACACACACACACACACACACACACACACACACACACACACACACACACACACACACACACACACACACACACAAUGCUAAAACAAACAAACAAACACCCACACACAUUGGGGCUACUCACAAUACAACAAGCUCUGUAAUUUGCUUUCAUACAUACAAAGAUAUAAACCGGGCUUCUCAUCCACCAACAACAUGUAAGACUUUCCUGUCACACUUUUCUCACACACAGACAGUAGAUUUGAACUGUCACGCCGCUCAACAUUUGCUCCUCUUUGAUGCUUAGUUUCAUUGUUGCAGCACAAUCAUGCCACCUUCUGGUCAUUAAUGGUACCAUGCUGGCUUACUGCCUUGUUUUUAACAACGCUACACAAAAAAGGAAAAUCAGGUUAAAUAGGUCCCAAAGGGAAAAGGGACCAUUAUCUAAUAGCUGUUUAAAUUAAUGCAAUGCAGCAGCGCAUUGAUUAGGAUACCGAACUGUACAAUCAUUAUUGGCACACGGCAAUGUGAGUGCAGCAAUAACCGUAAUGUCUCAUUGAGCUUGCGCGCUUCAAUUAAGGCAGUCGGAAGUUUUUGAGAGUAGACAGCCGAGGUCUGUCGAGCUUGGCUUUGCUGGAGGAUGCAGACAGAUAGAUUAGCUCGCUUUUAACCACACAGCUCUGAGUAGUGUCUCUUCUUAUCUACCUCAUACACUGUGCAAUGCCAGCAUUGUACUGUGGAGCAAAAUAGGAUACUGAAGCACCACGUCAGUUAUCCUGAGUAUGAAACAAGUGACCAUAUGAAGUGAUGCUUCAAUCCAGUGCAGCUUCUUUCUAAUAAAAAUCUUGCUGAGCUGCUUUAUUUAGAGUUAAGGAUGCAGCAGUACAGUGCUUUAGGUAUUUGACUUGCUGCUGCAGAAACUGCAAGAAUGAUAGAAAGCUGCUGCUUGACAUGCUUCGUACUGUCAAACAAGAAACAGGGAAAAAGAACAGGAUUAGCGGACCCACACUCACACAGACGCUUCUACAUAUUAUUACAUAUUAAAUGAAUUGCAUUCAAACUCACAAUGUGAUUGUAUAUAAGUUGUACAUAUGCAGACAAACAGAAGUAGAUUAAACAGGAAGUCCUUACUUCUGCUUGAGAGGUCACACAUAUUGAAGAAAGAGCUGUAUCAUUACAAAGUCUUAAUGGUUUCCUGUCAGAAGCUCUCGACACGAGAGCAAAGUCAGCCUCCUCACCUUUAAAGUGACACUCCAACCAAAAAUCUUCUUACUAUCAAACUCUCACCUGCUGCGGGCUUGCAAGGUGGCCUCAAAGCAGAAAAAAACCAUCCAAACAUCCACAGAAGUGCCUGCUAACCAUCCUUGUAAGCAGCCUUUCGAGCUCACAGGCAGUGAGUGUCAGAUACACUAGAUGUUGGCUGGCGUAUCACUUGAGGUUAUAUCUGAGGGGAUAAAAGUGAAGAAUUGUUUUUUCUUGGAAGUGAUGUCCACCUGUGAUGUAAAGCUCUCAAGCAAAGCGGCCUUGAUGUAAUGUAAAGAAUUAUUUUAUUAUGUUUCAUCACAUGUGAAAUGAUGGAGGAGUUGUAUCUUUGUGAGAUCUUUGUCCAAUUUGCUUUUUAUUUGUAACUGUUGACUUACACACGAGCAGGCACUUCUGUCAUUCCUGUUUCUGUGCUCUGGUUUUCUUAUUUAAAGGUUAUGUAAUAUUAAGAUAAAUGCUUUAUCGACGCCUAUGUCAUUGUUAUUGUUUUAUAUAGAUAAAAGCAGCCUGGGAUCAGAAAGAGAAUCUCUAAUAGAAAGAUUUUUUUUAUUGAAAGUCCGCAUUUAAACAAUUAGCUUGACAUUUUAGACUGUCUUUCUUUGGCGUUUUUAAAAUACAUGCAAACACACAUGAAUGCUAUGAGAACUCUGUCUUCCAGGUCAACCCAAGGUGUAAGUUAGCAACCUAAAGAGUCAUGAAUAUACUUUUAUCAGUGUAGAUUAUCUUCACUUACUGGUAAAAGUGUGCAAAGAGGAAAGCAGUGCUCGCACAGCGAUCGGAAGGCUAGAAUUUCUGCUAUCAUUCUAAUUAUGUUACAAUAGGUUUUUUUUGUCUUUCCCCUUUAGGUGUUUUAUUGUCUGACUUUCUUUGUUUCAUUUUGAUGUUUGUUUUGUAAUAAAACAACACAUGACAGUG